AUGGAUCGGCAAAUAAAAGAGGAGGACCCGCGCGAGUCGCCGCCGCUGACGCUUCUCGAUCCGUCGCGGAUUCAGAAUCCGCUCGGCGACGUGCCGCACCUCCAGACCCCUCCGGCCAGCCAGCAGACGGCCUUUGUGAUGCCCGAACAGCCCAGAAUGCCGGUAAAUUUGGACUUUUUGUGAAUUAGACCUACAAUUUGGAAAACGUGAUUUUUUUGGCGCCAAAAAUUUGAACAAUAAUCGAAUCUUAAGCAAAUGCCAAUUUUGCCCCAAGUUUUCAGCCUCAACCACCUGCGAUGUGGCAAAGAACGCCGACGAUGAGUCCGGCGAACGUUUUUCCGGCAGGUAAAUCUUUUUUCACGAUUUGUCAGCGACUUUUGGGCUCUUUUUAUGGCUGGGCAAACGGCCGGCCCGGGGGCUUUUUGCAGGCCUGCCGUGGACUUUUGACCCACUUGUAAGGAUCCGAUGGGGCCUAAGCUUUCUAGAGUUCUGGGGCUUGAAUUGAAGUAACUUGGGUCCAAGUUUCAGACCGAUCCGAUUAUCCGGUUCCGAGAUAUGUGGAUCAGAAGCCGAACAAGCUUGGCGUUUACGAAAAUUGCAGAUUUUCCGGCCUCUAAUCCACAUAACUCGGGAUCAGAUGAUCCGAUCAGUCUGAAACUUGGUCCCAAUAUACUUCAAUCCAAAUUCAAAAAGCCUGCAAAGUUUUGAUCCGAUCGGAUCAUUGCAAGUGGGUCAAAAGUCUAGGCCUCAAAAAGCCUGGGCCACAAUGCGCCCAACCCUUGUAUUUUUUCAAAAUCUCGGGUCAUUUGAGGCUCUAAAAAUUGCGAAAAAACCUAAAAGUUUAUUAAAAUUCACCGCCCAAUAGAUUCAGGAUCUGGAACACCGGGAAGUCAGCGGAGCUCCACCGGAACGCCGAAUCAGCAGAUGGGCGGUCCGCAGCAACAGCAGCAACAACCCUUUUUUCAUGGUAAACACUGGAAUUUCAGUGAAACUUUUACUAUGUCUUCUUACAUCGCGGAACAAAGAGAACACCCUGAAGAAGACCGUAAUCAAAAUGUUUCGCUUCCAGAAAGCCCGGCGCACUCGCAAAGCACUCCGCGAACGCCUCAAAGCGCCGGCGGACUGCCCGGAUCGGCGCAAGGGACUCCGCAAAGCGGCGGAAGUCAGGCUCCGCCGCCUUCCGGACAACUACAGUACGAUUAUCAGGCGGUGCAAAUGCAACAACAGCAGCAGGCGCAGGCGAUGGCACAGGCGCAGCAGUUCGCAGCGGGCACACAGCAAAUGCACGAAAUUAGGUGAGCGAAUGGGAAAAACUAUUUUAAAAAAUCUAUUGGCCUAAAAAAGCUGGAAUUCAUAAGUGUGAGCUUUUCUUUUCGGCAACAUAGAAUGUGCGAACAAUUUUUAACUUGAUUUUGUUGCAGAGACUCUCCGUACCGCGGUCACCCGCAAAUGAUGGGCAUGCACCCGCCGCCGCCGCAACAACAUAUCCAUCCAGGACCGCCCGUCUAUCCGCCCGGAUACCCGCCCGCGCAGUGGCAAAUUUACGCCCGCCAGCAGCAGGCACAGCACCAGCAGAGGGUCGUGCAGAGAGUUCCGGUCCCGUAUCCGCAAGGAGGUACCUUUCUGAAAUUUCAAAAAAAAAAAAAUCCGAUCAACUCAAACUCGACGCCAUUCGAUUCCUCGCAUCUUUUUGAGCAUUUUUCAUGUUGACAUCAAAAUUCUAGCUCCCCUCCUUCAUGCAGAAAAAUGCUCUCACUGUGCCCAAUAUCAAUCAAAUCGGAGCACAAGUUUUUCAGCGAAAAAGUGUUUUUGUUUCUGUUUCACAGGAAACAUGUAAAAAAAAAAAUUGUCCGAGUAUCGAUAGAGGCACACAAGAAUUUCAGAACCUUGAUUCGCAUAACCGUUAGAGAGAUAAACGGAGGGAUAUUUCCAGAAAAGCUCACUUUUUGCAGCGUACCCGGCAGGGAUGGCCCCCGGCCCGAUGACGCCCGUCUACCCGCCGCAGCCGUCGCCGGCCACUCGGACCACUCCAGGAUCCGGUGGUCCGCCGACUGGACCGCCUGGAACUCCGCAACGGCCCCAGUACCCGCCGGGCGCCAAUCCGCAGGCGCAGUUUGCCUAUCCGCCGCCGCAACAGAUCACUCCGACCGCGGGCGCCCCGGUCCCCGGAUUCCCCGGCACGCCAGCCUUCAACUCGCCGGCGCCACAUCAGAUUUAUCGGCCCGGACCGCCCACGGUGAGCAUUUUCUUGAAAAUGUAGUAUUACGGUAAUUGAGUGGAUGUAUAUGAAGGGUCUUAGAGGAACUGUGCCUACAGUAACUUUAAAUUAUCGCAUAAACCCUAAUACAACACGAAACAUGAAUUUUUCAGGGACCGCCCGGAAUGCGCCCACAAUACAUUUCGCCGCAACAGCAACCGACGCCCGGAACACCUCGUUCGUCAUUUUAUUUAAAACAAUUUAUAAAAUCACGCAUUUUCCACGAAAUGUUCGGAAAAAAACCUGAAUCAAUUAUUCGCGGUUUCAAGAAAAUUAUGCAAAUUCGAUGAUGUUCAUCAGAAAUAGUCUAUCAAUCAACAACCCAAAAAACGAUUCCAGACCGAUUCGCGCCUCAAACGCCGUCCGCAGCCACCGCCUCUCCGCACUUUGCGCCGGCGCCCGGACAACUGGGACCGGAUCUCCGCUCGCCGACUCUAAUGUCUCCGACGCAGCAGCAAGUGAUGCAGCAGGCGCAAGCAGUCUCCCAACAACACACUCCCGUACUCCCCAGAGUUCUCCACAGUACGCUUCGGCUUGCUAUCCUUUGAACUUUGCAAUUUUGUUUAAUUUGCAGACGAAAUGGGUGUGGCGCCACACGGAAUGCGUCCGCUCACGCUUCCGCCGCCGCAACAACCGUCAACGCAGCCGCCGCAAGGCACUCCGCAACCGCCGCUCUCCGCCGGUGGACCACAGUUCUUCCCGCGGCCCGGUAAUUUUUUGUUGCACACAUUUUUCUGAAGCUACUAAGAAUUUUAUUAAAAAAAAGGGUGUAUUGAUUGAAGUAAUCAUGCAAGUUCGAAACAUUAAACAAUUUUGAAACGGUACAUUUUUUUUGAAUUUUUGCGAAAAUCCGCUCUCACGUUUUGCAACCGAACGAUUCGCAACUCUGAAAUGCUCACGCGUCUAUUACACUAUUGCCUGUGAAGAUUUUGGUUCAUUUUGAAAAGCGGUUGCGAACUGUACGAGUUGCGAAAAUGGUGAGAGCCAGAAGACCAAUUACUAAACGUUGCGAAGCAUUUCUAGGACCGCCUCCACAAAUGCACCACGACCCGAACACGUUCCCGAUGCCGGCCAUGAACCCGGAUCCCGAACUCUUUCUCGCCGGAUUCCACAUUCAGGUGUUCGACGUCGAAAAACUGAUCGACGAUCGGUUGGAUAAGGACAAUUUGGAGUUUAUGGUCAAGGUUGGUUAGCGCGAGUUGUGCCAUGUCCGGAACAUUUUUUGUUUUGUCGGAAAAGAUCACUUUAGUGAGUGAGAAAGUAGGCAUUGAGUAUGCGCGACCGUUUUGUUUCGCAACCGGUACGUUUCGCCACUAAAACAAAUUCGGCAACUCACGUUUUAGCACCAUGACAAAUGUCAACCACGUGUUUCGCAACCAGUACAGUUCGCAACUUGUGCAUUUUUCUAGGCUUUCCAACGCCGCAUCUUCACGAAGCCGGGUUCCAAAGAUCGCCGUUUUUGCAAUUGGCUGCGUAGCGACUCGGUAAAUUAAAAUUGAGGAGCACCCCAGUAACACUUUGAAAUCGGCCUAGUUGCGAAACGCGUGGUUGUAAAACGGGAGAGUUGUUGAACAUCACGUGGCGAACCGAAGAGAUCUCGAGUAUGCGCCUGUAUUAAAAAGAUCUAAUCUCCAUUUGCCAUCCAAAAAAAUCGCAAAUUUUUGUGCAGUACCACGGCGGCGAGAUCGAGUUCGACAUGAACAAGUACACGGCGGCGAACGCGGCACAAACGACUCACGUGCUCGUCGAUUCGUACCGCAAUCCGAACGCCCGAAACGCGCAUCAAAUGGCAAAACGCUUCAUUUCUAUGCAUUGGCUGACCGACGUGCUCGAACGGCAAAAAGUGGAUUUGCCGUGGAAAUUGGCCCAUUUACCCGGUCCUUUCGACGGAUUUCGACCGUACAUGUGCAAGGUUUGUUUGGGCUAGUUCAACAUUUGAAAUGAAUAUUUCAGCUCUUUUCGCUGUCCGGAUUCGACGAAUCGGAACGCCAAACAAUCGGAUUCAUGGCCGACGCGAUGGGAGCGAAAAUAUCGCCGUUCCUGUCGAAAAUGAGCGAUUUAUUGAUUGCCAAAUGGUUGGUUUUGAGGAAAAUUUAUAACAUUUGCGAAUUUCUGUUAAAACUGCACAAAAAACAACGUUGAAACAGCGAAAUUUUACACCGAAAAACCAGGAAAAACCCGCGAUGUUUUCGGUAAAACUUGGGCACGGGGUCGUCGUGGGUACAUCGAAAACUAAAAUUUGAACUUCCGCCGACGGUCGAUUGCGUAGCGCCCCUAUAUUAAAGCAUUAGGCCAAAGAAAAAUUUUUGAAAAUUUCAGUAGAGCGCACUUGCGCCAGUGUACCCCGCGACGACUCUGUGAUUGGAAAAACCAUGUUAUCUUUGCAGUGACUCGGAAAAGGUGCAAAAAGCGCGUGAGUGGCGCGUUCCGGUCGUCAACUAUCAAUGGAUGGCCGACACGUACGUGUGUCCGACGCCGCACGCGCAGGAACGGCCGAACGUCGAGAAUCCGAGGUAUCAGCUGGGACAGCCGUGCUCCGAAGUCAACACGAACCCGGCGAUCAUCGAGAUGGCCGGCGGAGACUUUGCCAACAUGAUGCGUACGUUCUAAACAUUUGCUUUUUUUAAAAAGAGAUUUUAUUCAAUUUUGCUUGCUUCAAAAAUGAGAACGCCCAACAGUAAACUCUUCGUGUUUCUACGAAAAAUUUAGCAGUUUCAAAAGUUAUUCAACAAAAAGAAGCAAAACUUGUAAACAACUUUAGUCAAUGGACUGAAAUGUUCAGGCUGCUGGAAACAAGCGAUGAUCAUCAGCGAGCAAAUGUACGAAAAAGCGCGUCAGACACGCGAAUCAGUGCUCCAGGACAAGUAUCACUAUCCGGCGAAACGGCUCGUUUUACUCGACGAGAAUGGGUACGCUACAUUUUUCAAUUGAUUUUCUUCGUAAAAUAGUCGAAAAUUCUUGCGAAAUUUCUUAUUAAAAAAAAGGUAUCAAUCAAAAGAGUUUCGGUUUUUAUGAAACCGACAAAAAACAAAAGUUGUCUGUUGGGCGGUCCAACAUAAUAGAACUGCGCAGAAUAGAACUGUUUUUGUGUAUUUAUAUGAGCAUUUUGUCCGUUCCUUUCAGUUAACUUUCGCAAAAUUUUGUCGUCUCUCGAACAAUUAUUAUAGGGGCACCGAACAGAAAUGGCGCUCUGUUGAGAAACUCUUUUUGCAGUGCAAAUUGAGCCACCUCGGGGCCGAGUUUGAAAAGUUAGGCCACGUUUUCAGUGGAAAAUUACUUCGCGGCCUAGAAAUUCGGCCAGAUUGCGAACAGCGCACCCUUUCUGUCCGGUGCCCCUAUAAUAAGCAGAAGACCACAGUUUAAGCCUAGAAAAUUGGUUUCCUUUCGUUUUUGAUAAAAUUAUUUUUUGUGGGUUUUCGUUACCGUAGAGAAGAGGGAUCACGACGGAAGUGAAAUUAAUGAAUGCAAUAAAUCGAUCACGAGAUUCAAAAAUUAUCUUUUUCCACGAAACAAUCAUUCUCCAAACAGUUAUAUUGUGGCCGGUUCUAUUGUGUCGCGGUUCUAUUGUGUCGCAGUUCUAUUCUGCGCAGUUCUAUUAUGUUGGACCGCCGUCUAUUGUUUAUCGAUUGAAUUCUGGAAGAAUGUCCUCUGUUUUCUAACUGGCGAAACACGAAAAAUGUUUGCAGAGCGCCAGUCUGCGAAGACUUUCCGCCGACGGACGAUCAAAUCGAAGCGAACCGCAUCGCGAUGAUCGAGCACGAGAUCGCUUACGCGAAAGAGAAGGCGGAGAAUGAGGAGAAGGCGAAGGUGAUCGUUCCGCGCGAAUUGACGGGUUGCGGAAUGACGAAGCAGGCGAACGAUCCGGAGAAGCACGGACUCGCGAGGCCGCAGGAGAAGGUGUUCGGCUGGUUCGGCGACGGAUUCGACGAGCCGACGCUCGAGGGCCUCCGCAGGAAGAUGGUCUUUUUGGGCGGCGUCGUCGUCGAUUCCAUCCAGAAGGCCACCCACGUCAUUCUGAGUUCCGGCCGCCGCAGCACAGUGCUUUUGGAGUGCAUCAUACGGGGAAAGAACAUUGUGCAGCCCGAAUGGAUUUUGUACAGUUAUCGGUACAAACGCUGGCUGGGUUCGUUUUUUUUUCGAUUGUCUCGUCAACUUGUGUAACCUUUUUGCAUAACUUUUCAUCACGGAGUCGUGGCGGGGUACACUGGCGCAACUGCGCUCUAAUGAAAUUUUCAAACAUUUUGCUGUGGCCUACUGCUUUAAGAUGGGGGCGCUACGCAAUCGACCGUCGGCGGAAGUUCAAAUUUUAGUUUUCGAUGUACCCGUCACGACCCAGUGUUCAGAAAGAAAGUGUCGAAUAAAACCGCCAUUUUCAGACACGCUCCAACAUUUUCUGAACGACGAAAAAUUGGAGGCUGAGCUCAGCUACAGUUGCCGUCGAAGUGUGCUGCGCGCCCGGCACAGACGCGUUUUUGAGGUACUUUUUCUGGCAUAAAAAAUGCGAUUUUUUGAAACAUUUCCAUUCUCCAGGACAUUGAAUUCUACGUGACUCGAUUUGUGGAGCCGAGCCAACAGGAAAUUGUGCGGCUCAUCGAACUCGCCGGCGGAAUUGUGCAUCAGGAGAAGCCGGAGCCCAGUUAUUUGGGUACGGACUGGAAAACAAAAAGAGAAGUUGAGUUGUAAAUUUGAGCGUUUUUCAGCCAAAUGCAUCGAAUCCGAGCAGCCGUUCAUCAUUGUCUCGUGCGAAGUCGACGCCCGAUUCCUCAGUUAUUUGGCCGAAUCGAGACUUCGUGAGUUAUCGAUUUUUUUUUCCUAAAGGAGUAGUGCACGAUAACUGUGGGGGAUGUGUAAUGCGAAAGUGAAAUCAUUCAAAAAAAAUCCCACGAUUUUAAAGUUUUUUCAAGGCCGGGCAAAUUUCGGCCCCGACUUUUCGAGGCCUGGACUUUUGAUUCACUUGCAAUGAUCCGAUCGGACCCAAACUUUGCAGACUUCUAAGACUUGGAUUGAAGUAUGCUGGGACCACGUUUCAGACCGAUUCGAUAAUCUGGUCCCGAGAUGUGUAGACCAGAGGGCGAAGAGACCGAGUUGUUAUGAACAUUGCGGCUUUCUCAGUCUCUCGGGACUGGAUGACCGGAUCGGUCUGAAACUUGGACCCAACAGACUUCAAUCCAAGUCCAAGAAGCCUGCAAAGUUUGGUGCCGAUCGGAUCAUUGCAAGUGGGCCGCAAGUGCAGGCCUCAAAAAGCCUGAGCAGAAAUUUGCCACCAUUAGUGUCAUUGUGAAAAUAUGUUUUUUUCAAAGUGCGCCACUUCCCUUUAAUUUGAAAAAAAAAGUGAAUAACUGAUUGUCUUUGCAGCCAUCUACAACGUGGACCUGGUCCUGUUCGCCCUGCUCCGUCAGCACAUUGAGCCCCUUCCGCAGUACCGUAUUCCGAUGCCGAUCAUAAUGAAAACGCCCGUCUUUCGGCAGCCGCCACCGUACCAACAAUGCUAA